AUGGCUUCCGAGUCGCUCGUCCUCUGCCUCUACGCAGGGGGGACUAUCGGCAUGAUCCGCCACCCCCUGCACGGCUACCAGCCCCACCCGUCCUUUCUGACCGAGACGCUGCGCACCCAGGCCCGCUUCCACGAUCCCUUUGCCAACAGCAUCUUCAGCUGGAGCGACUCGGUCGACCGCUACCAGCAGUGGAGCGGCGUGCACUCGGCUGGUGGCAGCGCCCGCGCCAGCAGGGCCCCCAGUCCAGACAACUCCAGCGGCAGGCAGCGAGAGGCUCAAGGCAGCGCUGGCGCUGCUCCUGCUCCCGCUUCCGCGCAGCGCCUCCCCGAGCUGCCCCCCACCGCCAUUCGCGAAGGGAGAGACAGCGGUACAGACAACGGUGCGCCGCCGCAGGUGUGGCCCCCCUUUGGGUCCUAUGUCACCGUGCGCUCGUCUUCAGUCAAGGGGACGUCGACACUGAAUGCGCGCGACGUCAAGGUCGUCAACGUCUCUUCCGCCGCCGUCGACUCGCCUAGUAGCGUCAACGAGCUAGGCCAGGGACAGGAACAGGUGCUCGAAAUGCGCCUGCCUACGAUGAUCACGCCCAAAGGCGCGUCCGGCAAGCGCGUGCGCUAUGCCGUCUUGGAAUAUGACCCGCUUCUCGACUCAUCCGAAAUGACAUUCUCCGAUUGGAAGCGCCUGAGCCGGGACAUUGCGCUCAACUACGCACAGUUCGAUGCGUUCAUCGUUCUGCACGGCACCGACACAAUGGCGUACACUGCGAGCGCGCUGUCCAUGCUCCUCGAGAACCUCGGCAAGUCAGUCAUCGUGACCGGCGCGCAGGUGCCAUUGUCCGAGCUGCGCAACGACGCAAUCGAGAACAUGCUUGGCGCGCUGACGCUGGCCGGUGACUACAUCCUGCCCGAGGUGACGCUGUACUUUGCCUCGAAGCUCUACCGCGGCAACCGGACGUCCAAGACAUCGAACGACGCACUCGCGGCGUUCGACUCGCCUAACAUGCCCCCGCUCGCCAGCGUCGGCAUCGACAUCCGCGUCCACUGGCAGCUCGUGCAGCGCCCGCGCGAGCUGCGCGCCCUGCGCGCGCACACGCAGCUGUGCGAGAACGUCGCCAUACUACGCCUCUUCCCUGGACUGCCGCGCAGCCUCGUCCGCUCCAUCCUUGCCGAGCCGACGCAGGGCGUCGUCCUCGAGACCUUCGGCGCAGGGAACGCCGGCUCGUCCCUGCUUGACCUCUUCGCCGAAGCAUCGGCGCGCGGUGUCGUCAUCGUCAAUAUCACCCAGUGCCUCCAGGGCACCGUCAGCAACAUCUACGCCGCCGGCAAGAAGCUUGAGGAUGCGGGCGUCGUCAGCGGAAAGGACAUGACGCCAGAGUGCGCACUGAUCAAGCUCGCCUACCUUCUCGGCAAGCCAGAGCUCUCGCGCAACGAUGUUCGCAACCUUAUUGGCCGCUCUCUGCGCGGCGAGAUCACCGCGACCGCGCCUGUUGCUUCCCGCAACCACGAGCAUGCGGACGCAGCAGCAGCAGCCGCUGCCGCUGCGGAUCCAGGAGCACCAGUGGAGGAUCAGGGAGCGGAGACAACCCCUCGCAUCCAAGAGCUCGUUGCCGACAUCCUCUACCAAUCAUCUUCCCCAGCAGCACCAGGUGCUGCGCACGCGACGAAGACAACCGCGUCCUGGACUAUCACCGCACACGAAGUGCAAGCUGCAGACAGGGCCAUCUUGCCACACCUUAUUUUGAAAGCUGUGCAAGAUGGUAAUGCCGAAGCGCUGCGCUACCAUCUCCAAAAAGUCGAGAAAUUCGAGCGGACCAGCGAUGACCUAUCGACAGCAAUGGCUCUGACAGCAGCCUCAGCAGCCAAUACCGCUGGUGCCCGCGGCCGAAACGCCACGCCUGUAUCUGAUGCAAGGCCUCUUGCAUCUGCAGCGGCCACUGCGACGGCGGCAGCUGUGGGCAAGGUCAAUCUGAUCGAUGAACAGCAGGCGCUCCACCAUGCAAGUGCGCAGGGAAAGGACGACCUCGUCGCCAUGCUGCUCGCAGCGGGCGCUAGCGUUCACUUACGCGACCACUACGGCUUCUCGCCGCUCUUCGCCGCCGUGCGCGCAGGUCACACACACGUUGCGAGCUUGCUCAAAGCGACAGGCGCCCAUCUCAAGGCGGACGAGGUGGGUCUACUCGAGCAGCUAUUCAUCCAGCGGCCCGAGGUGCGGCGCGCUUUGGAAGUGGCAAUGUGA